UUUCGCCCACAUUUCGCGAGGAUCAACAAACGCGCAGCAAACAGUCCCACACAGCUCUUUUUGCCGAAAUGGCAGUGUAAACGUGUGCAGCGACCGAGCAGCCAACAAAACAGUGCAUCCAACUAGUGCACUGAGUCACUUCUCACAGAUCAACAUGUCGUCCUACGUGGAAACCCUCAGCACUGCUGCAUCUGACAGCACCGACCAGUUUGUUGCCCUCCUAGACUCGUCACGCACUCCGUUUGUGACCGACAACAGCCACUAUGACCAUGAUGAUGACCAGCUCACAGUUUGGCCCGGACGACAUGGAGGCCCUUCUCUGGGGGCCUUCCUCUCCCAUGGCUGACGUCCUGGACUCCAUGUUCACACACCCUGACAAAGAUGGACAACAGGAAGGAGGAGGAACCUUGCCGACAGGGGAGACUUCACCUUCGUCACCCUUCAUCUCCUCAUCGCUGUCUUCUUCUUCCUCUCCUCCCUUCUACUCACCUCCUUCCUCACCGCCGGCUGUUCUCCUCUACGGGGACAAAGCUGAGUCUGACCUGCUUCCCCUCCCUUGGUUGGACCCGCCUGGUCAGCUGAGAUGCAGCCAGACGCUCUCAGAUGAAAGGAGAGAGAAUGCUCUCAGUGACCUGGACUGGAUGGCCGAGAGGGUUGAUCUCAGUGAAUUUGACCUGGACCGCCUGAUUGACUCCUGCGGUCCCGAUGACGAGCCGCCCGACCCUCCAGAGGAGCUGCUCGCCUCCCUGGAUUGCUCCAUGGAGCUCGACUCCUUCCCGCUGCCAACUCUGUCGACCCCCGAGCUCCCGACUCUCGCCCCUGCUCCUUUUCCAGACCCAUCCUCUCCCACCCAUCCCACAGUCUGUUCAGAUCCAUCCGUUAUUAUCACAGAGGAUGAGUCUGAACCUCACAUUGACGGGCAAGAGGUCCCCUCAUCCCCGAUCUGUGUCCCAGAGCCACAGGAGGAGCUCGAGAUCAAAUCUGAGCCCGUUUCCCCGGUGGUCGACUCUCCUUCCUCCCCAGACUUCACUCUAGACCUGGGCAGUGAGGUGGAUGUCUCCGAGAGCGAGGUUAAGCCCGUGGUAGCCGCUGUGAUCCCUCAGGUCCCAAAGAUCGUCCUCUCCCUUGCCCCCACCCGCAUCGUCCUCGUGCUGGCCCCUAAAGGCGGGAUCGCCGCCACACCAGAGGUAAUUCAGUGCUCCCCGCCAGCUUCCCCUCCCCAGAGAUCCCCCAGGACCAGGCCGUACCCCGAGCCGACGCGCGGGGCCAGUCCGCCCUCCACCAGUAGCAUAGUUGAAGUAAAGUCGCCCCGGGCUGCAGGUAGAGCUGAGAGGACGAGUCUGAAGGCUCCCAAGGACAAGAAGACGAAGAAGAUGGAGCAGAAUAAGACGGCUGCCACGCGCUACAGGCAGAAGAAGAAAGUGGAGCAGGAUUCGCUCCUCUCAGAGUACGCCGUCCUGGAGAGGAAGAACAUGGAGCUGACGGAGAAGGCUGAGUCCAUGGCCAGGGAGAUCGCCUACCUGAAGGAGCUGAUGGAGGAGGUUCACCAGGCCAGACUAAGGAAAGGUCUUAGUGCAGACCCCUGAUGCUUGGACCUGACAGUAGCUUUAAGUGUUAUAAGAGAUUCACAGGAAGUUGACGGCACUUUUAUUUCCUUCAUCCUAUCAAGUAUCAGUAUAGCGCGUGUCCUGGUCACAGCAUGUCUGAAGUAUCAUGACCUACAUGUAUCCAACACUGGUAUUUAUAUUGUAUUAAUAGUGACACAAAAUACUCUUUCCAUAGAUUAUAAGCUUAAGCAUUGUUACUUUUAUGUAGUCUCUAACUGGACCUUAGUAAUAUACCAGUAGUCUGUCUUUUUAAAGUUUGUAAAUGAGUAAUGUAGUAUAAUGGCUCCAUAUGUGUAAUUGAUCUUGUAAUAAAUGGUCUGAAAACUGA